AAAUAGACGCUGAUGUCCGGAGGAGAACAGUGGGAGACAAGAACAGCACCAUCCUCCUCAUUUGAGACUCCGAGAGCAGGAUGAAUCCCACCAGGCGCAGAGAGUCUGUCUGCAGGAACCUGUUCGGCCCGGUGGACCACGAGCAGCUGCGCCGCGACCUGAAGCUGAAGCUGAGGGAGAUCACCGAGCGGGACAGCCGCCGCUGGAACUUCAACUUCGAGAGUGGGACGCCGCUGCCCGGCAGCUUCCAGUGGGAGGAAACACCCGCAGACUGCGCUGCGCAUUUCUACCAGGAAGCGGCGGAGCGCAAACCCGCCGAGAGCGCGUUUUACGCACUGAGUGGGAGCGCUUUUUACGCACUGGGCGAGAGCGCGCAGAGUGCCGGCAGCGACCAGGAGAACAAAUCCAUCGUCUCCAACAAACAUCCCGCUGAAGUGACGCCCGCCAGGCGGAAACGGGCGCUCUGUAAGCUGGCAACAAAGCCCCGGAACAACGCCAAAAUCACAGAUUUUUUCGUGAAGAGACGGAGGACCUCAGAAACAAAGAUCAUCCUGAAUCCUCUGCACACCACACUGACUGAACCGGCUCUUUGCAAGACAAUAAGAUGACCACGCAUCAGAAAAAUGAAUUUUUAUAAACA